GCCGCGCCGGCGGAGCCCCGAGGGCCGCCCCGGGAGCCCGCGAGGCCGGCCGCGCUGCUCGGGCCGCCGGCGGCGCCCGUGGAGGGCGGGUGCGCGCGGGCGGCCGCCGCUGAAGCCGGGCCCGAGGCUAGGAGGGACGGAUCGGAACCCCGAGGGGCCGGACGGGGAACAUGGACCGAGGCCAGCGCGCGGCGUCGCGCCCUGCCCUGCGGCGGUGGAUGCUCCUGGGGGCCGUGACAGUGGGGCUCCUGGCCCAGAGCGUCCUGGCGGGUGUGAAGAAGUUGGAUGUGCCCUGCGGAGGGCGAGACUGCAGCGGGGGCUGCCAGUGCUAUCCCGAGAAAGGAGGGCGGGGCCAGCCAGGACCAGUGGGCCCCCAGGGAUACACCGGGCCCCCCGGGCUGCAAGGGUUCCCAGGACUGCAAGGUCGCAAAGGGGACAAGGGUGAAAGGGGGGCUCCCGGGAUCACAGGACCGAAGGGAGACGUGGGAGCAAGAGGUGUUUCCGGAUUCCCUGGUGCCGAUGGAAUUCCCGGACAUCCCGGGCAAGGCGGGCCCAGAGGACCACCUGGCUACGACGGCUGCAACGGGACCGUGGGGGACACGGGCUACCCGGGACCCGUGGGCCCUGGCGGCUUCCUCGGGCCCCCCGGGCCCCAAGGACCCAAAGGGCAGAAAGGCGAGCCCUACGCCCUGCCUAAAGAGGAACGAGACAGAUACAGGGGGGAAUCUGGAGAGCCCGGGCUGGUCGGUUUCCAGGGGCCUCCCGGCCGCCCUGGGCCCGUGGGACAGAUGGGUCCGGUUGGAGCUCCAGGAAGACCAGGACCUCCCGGACCCCCUGGACCAAAAGGACAGCCAGGCAACAGAGGACUUGGUUUUUAUGGAGAAAAAGGUGAAAAGGGCGACAUGGGACAGCGGGGACCCAGUGGGAUUCCACCAGACAAUGGCUACGUGGAGCUGCCGCCACAUGAUGUGAUCCUCCCAGAGGAGUAUAAGGGUGAAAAAGGAAGUAAGGGGGAACCAGGAAUAAAAGGCGUUUCCUUGAAGGGAGAAGAAGGAAUCGUGGGCUUUUCAGGACUGCGGGGUUCCCCCGGCUUCGACGGUGAGAAAGGUUCACCAGGACAGAAAGGAGGCAGAGGACAGGAUGGUUACCAAGGCCCUGACGGAUACCCAGGACCCAAGGGAGACACGGGCGCCCCAGGUCCUCCCGGCCCGCCAGCCUAUUCCCCGCAUCCGUCCCUGGGCAAAGGUGUCAGAGGUGACCCAGGAUUCCAAGGAGCCCCCGGGGACCCAGGAGCCCGGGGGGAGCCGGGAGACCCCGGCCUGCCAGGCCUGCCCGGCACGUCCAUCGGAGACGAAGACGAGAAGAGAGGCUUACCCGGCGAGAUGGGACCCAAAGGCUUCACAGGAGAGCCGGGCAUCCCCGCGCUGUACCCCGGCCCACCUGGAGCUGACGGAAAGCCAGGGUUCCGAGGUUCCCCUGGGCUCCCGGGACCACCUGGCCCAGACGGUUUCCUUUUUGGCCUUAAAGGAGCAGAAGGCAGGGUGGGCUACCCUGGGCCUUCUGGUUUCCCCGGGGCUCGCGGACAGAAAGGAUGGAAAGGUGACGCGGGCGACUGCGAGUGCAGAGAGGGCGAUCAGUUCGUCGGGGGUCUUCCGGGGCCACCGGGACCCCAGGGCUUUCCAGGCACCAACGGGGAGCCGGGGAGGAAAGGCAGCCCAGGAGACCCCGGCCAGCACGGCAUCCCGGGGUUCCCAGGGUUCAAGGGAGCCCCUGGCGACAUUGGCCUCCCUGGGCCCAAAGGAAUAAAGGGAGAUUCUCGAACCAUCACCACCAAAGGUGAGCGGGGCCAGCCAGGCGUCCCAGGUGUGCCUGGACUGAAGGGGGACAACGGCAUCCCGGGGCGUGACGGGCUGGACGGAUUCCCAGGCCUCCCAGGCCCUCCUGGCGAUGGCAUCCAAGGCCCCCCAGGGGACGCAGGCUACCCAGGAGCACCCGGCACUAAGGGCAUCCCAGGAGAGAGGGGCCCCCCAGGACGGGGGCUUCCAGGCCUCAAAGGCGAGGAUGGGUUCCCAGGAGAUGCUGGGUUACCUGGACCUCCAGGCUUCCCCGGGCCUCCCGGCCUCCCGGGCGCUCCAGGACAAAUAGAUUGUGACACAGGUGUGAAAAGGCCCAUCGGAGCAGACGGACAGGAGACCAUCCAGCCAGGUUGCGUUGGAGGGCCCAAGGGAUUGCCAGGCCAGCCGGGCCCCCCCGGCCCCCCAGGUGCCAAAGGCCUCAGCGGGAGUCCGGGACUACCAGGAGCUGAUGGCGCAGCAGGGCUCAAGGGUCUCCCGGGAGACCCAGGUCGAGAGGGAUUCCCAGGACCCCCAGGGUUCGUGGGGCCCCGAGGAUCCAAAGGUGCAGUGGGCCGCCCUGGCCUAGAUGGACUCCCGGGUGCCUCCGGCCUGCCGGGGCCGGUCGGGCCCCCGGGGGACAGGGGCCUUCCUGGGGAAGUCCUGGGGGCCCAGCCCGGGCCCCGGGGAGACGCCGGACUGCCUGGACGCCCUGGGCUGAAGGGCCCUGCUGGAGAGCGAGGUCCGCCUGGAUUCAGGGGAAGCCAGGGGAUGCCGGGCAUGCCGGGCCUGAAGGGUCAGCCGGGCGUCCCAGGACCUUCGGGCCAGCCAGGGCUGCCCGGGCCCCCAGGACAGCACGGCUUCCCGGGAGCUCCAGGUCGGGAAGGGCCCUCGGGGCCGCCGGGCGCCCCGGGCUUUGGAGGUCUGCCUGGAGACAGAGGGGACCCAGGUGACACAGGCGUCCCUGGCCCCGUGGGCAUGAAGGGCGUCUCCGGGGACAGUGGUGAACCUGGCCAGCAGGGUGAGAGAGGUCAUCCCGGAAGCCCUGGAUUUAAAGGAAUAGCCGGGAUGCCUGGUAUCCCGGGACAAAAAGGUGUCAAGGGUUCUCCCGGGAUGGACGGCUUCCAAGGCAUGCUGGGGCUCAAGGGGAGACCCGGGCUCCCAGGAAACAAAGGAGAGAUCGGAUUUUUUGGAGUCCCAGGGCUGAAGGGCCUGCUUGGCGAGCCAGGUGUGAAAGGCAGCCGAGGGGACCCCGGCCUCCCAGGACCACCUCCCAAGUUCCUGCCAGGAAUGAAAGACAUCAAAGGGGAGAAAGGAGAUGAAGGCCCCAUGGGACUGAAAGGAUACCUGGGCUUAAAAGGCCUUCCUGGAAUGCCGGGCAUUCCCGGGCUGUCGGGGGUCCCUGGGCUGCCAGGGAGACCAGGCCACAUCAAAGGAGUCAAAGGAGACACCGGAGUCCCCGGCGUGCCCGGGUCACCAGGAUUCCCCGGCGUGCCCGGCUCCCCCGGAAUCUCGGGGUUUCCAGGCUUCACGGGCAGUAGGGGUGACAAGGGAGCUCCCGGGAGAUCAGGCCUUUAUGGAGAGGUUGGCCCCACCGGUGACUUCGGUGAUAUUGGAGACACUGUAGACCUUCCAGGAAGCCCGGGCCUGAAGGGGGAACGGGGCAUCGCUGGAUCAACAGGUCUGAAGGGGUUCUUCGGAGAGAAAGGAACAGAGGGCGACAUCGGCUUCCCCGGGAUCACCGGCCUGUCGGGAGUCCAGGGCCCGCCUGGACUUAAAGGGCAAACAGGCUUUCCAGGACUGUCAGGGCUGCAGGGGCCUCAGGGAGACCCGGGACGGGCCGGAGUGCCCGGAGUUAAAGGAGACUACGGCCGGCCGGGGAACCCAGGCUUACCAGGUCUGCCCGGCCUCCGCGGCAUCGGCGGGUUACACGGCUUGCCCGGCACCAAAGGCUUUCCAGGAUCCCCAGGUGCGGACCUCCACGGGGACCCCGGCUUCCCAGGUGCUGCUGGGGACAGGGGUGAGCAAGGAGAGGCCAACACCCUUCCAGGCCCCACUGGAGCCCCGGGACAGAAAGGCGAGCGCGGAGUCCCAGGGGAGCGAGGCCCCGUUGGGAGUCCAGGACUCCGGGGCUUUCCAGGCAUCACCCCCCCUUCCAACAUCUCUGGGUUACCAGGGGACGUAGGCGCACCUGGGAUAUUUGGCCUGGAAGGUUAUCGAGGCCCCCCGGGGCCGCCUGGGCCCGCGGCUCUUCCUGGAGGCAAAGGAGAUGAGGGACGUCCGGGAGCCCCUGGAAACCCAGGGCCCAAGGGCUGGGGCGGCGACCCCGGGCCCCAGGGCCGGCCUGGCGUGUUCGGGCUCCCUGGAGAAAAAGGGCCCAGAGGGGAGCCAGGCUUCAUGGGCAACACAGGCCCCGCCGGGAGUGUGGGCGAGCGCGGCCCCAGGGGACCCAAGGGAGACCGAGGGCGCCCGGGUGCCCCCGGGGCUCUGGGCGCCCCCGGGGUUGCAGGAAUCCCCCCGAGGAUCGCCGUCCAGCAGGGGCCGGUGGGUCCGCAGGGAAGGAGAGGCCUCCCGGGGCCUCAGGGGGAGAUGGGCCCCCAGGGCCCCCCGGGAGAACCAGGUAGGCGCCGUUGGCCGUGCCUGCGCGUGUGUUCCGCCGGGGAAGGGCGCUGGCUGGGCGCCGGUGGCGGGGUGUCCUGCGCUAACCGCGGCCCUCACGCGUGUCUCGGUGGCUGCGCAGGUUUCCGCGGGGCCCCGGGGAAGGCGGGGCCCCAGGGAAGAGGCGGCGUGUCGGCCGUUCCCGGCUUCCGAGGAGACCGGGGGCCCGUGGGGCUGCAGGGGCCCCUGGGCUACGAAGGAGAGCCAGGCCGCCCCGGGAGCCCCGGCCUGCCCGGCAUGCCCGGCCGCAGCGUCAGCAUCGGCUACCUGCUGGUGAAGCACAGCCAGACGGACCAGGAGCCCAUGUGCCCCGUGGGCAUGAACAAGCUGUGGAGCGGGUACAGCCUGCUGUACUUCGAGGGCCAGGAGAAGGCCCACAACCAGGACCUGGGGCUGGCGGGCUCCUGCCUGGCCCGCUUCAGCACCAUGCCCUUCCUGUACUGCAACCCCGGCGACAUCUGCUAUUACGCCAGCCGCAACGACAAGUCCUACUGGCUCUCCACCACCGCCCCGCUGCCCAUGAUGCCUGUGGCCGAGGAGGACAUCAGGCCCUACAUCAGCCGCUGCUCUGUGUGCGAGGCCCCGGCCGUCGCCAUCGCGGUCCACAGCCAGGACGUCUCCAUCCCCCACUGCCCGGCGGGGUGGCGGAGCUUGUGGAUCGGAUAUUCCUUCCUCAUGCACACGGCCGCAGGCGACGAAGGGGGCGGCCAGUCGCUGGUGUCGCCGGGCAGCUGCCUGGAGGACUUCCGCGCCACGCCGUUCAUCGAGUGCAACGGGGCCCGCGGCACCUGCCACUACUACGCCAACAAGUACAGCUUCUGGCUCACCACCAUCCCCGAGCAGACCUUCCAGGGCACGCCCUCGGCCGACACGCUCAAGGCCGGCCUCAUCCGCACGCACAUCAGCCGCUGCCAGGUGUGCAUGAAGAACCUGUGAGGCCGCUCCAGGCCACACGCAGCCGCGGGGCCUCUUUGGUGCUUCUUCUUAACUUAUUACCUCAGAUGCCAACCCAAGAAUUGACUUCAUUUUUUUUUUCUUUACAAAACAAACCAAACUAACAAAGGUUGCCAAAGGAAUUCAGCACCAGCACUUCGACCAAACAGCCCCUUGUCAUCCAUGGGUGCCCCCCGCUCUCCCUACGUCCGCAGAACCCCUGACCCCCCAGAAGGGGGUCUUGGCCCUCCCUCCCGGGCCGCCCUAGACGGUUCCGUGCCCGGUGUCACUGACCUCUUCCUGCGCACCUGUGUAUUCACUGCACUCUCAGCCGCCACUCAUAGCCCACUGGCUGAACUCACUUGACGGGGAGGUACAGACAGAGGAGGGCGCGCGGCCCCAGGGCUCCUGAGCUCCCUCCCCCGUGCCCACCCGAGGGGCUCCUGGGGGUGCGCCCAGCUGGCUCGCUGAGCCCCCGGGGUGACGGUGCCGUCUCCUCCACAUGCCGGUGACGUGAAGCACACUAGUCCCCUCAGGAAGGCCGACGGUGCCUUAUAUGUUAAGAGCCACUGGUGCUCAAGCACCGGCUGUCACUCUUCCCGCCACGUCCUUGCACACCAUUUGUUGGGUUUGGCAAAACUCACGUAGAAGCGAAGACCUUCUCACCGUCUGCUGCCGGCCAGGCUGCGUGACAGUAAACUUUGUCGGGUCGGAAGUGAUGCUUCCGCCACCGCCAGGCUGUCCUGGGACAUUUACCCUCCGUUCUUCGUGCUGAAUUGUAUUCCUAUGACUACUCCAUCCUCUGUAACGACCCCCGAAUAAAAGUUGACUUUGAACAUUUUUAUACCCCA